AUGCCCGCCGUGCCGCUGCGGACUGUCGCCGAGGACCGCUGCCUCAUCGAGACCAUCGUGACUGGUGCUUACAUCAACCCGUGCAUGAUUGACAGCACGCGUGCGUUUGCAUGGCCUUCGGUUGGCACAGUGUCGAUCGCGCAGGGUAGCGUCGGGCCAGGCACCACCGUCUUGACCGCCGGCACAGCGCUGGCCUCCUACCUGGCUCUCGACCCCGACGGGUCCACGGCAAUUCGCGGCAAGCGAGUCGUCGAGCUUGGGUGCGGCACCGGGCUCUGCGGUAUCGUGGCGGCGCGCCUCGGCGCAUCACAGGUGCUGCUCACCGAUGGCAACUCCCCGACCUUCUCGACCGCACGCGUGCCAACGUGA